UCUCUUUUCGUCGUUGCUGUUCGGCUUCGUUGCUGCAGAUUGCACGAGUCAUUGCUUCGGCUCCUUCGUUGCUGUUCGACUUCUCUCCUUCGACGACUUUCCCUUCUUGUCGGAUCGGAAGUUACCACAUUUUGAUCGGAAGCAACGGGAGCUCGCUGGCUGAAGUGAUUUUGGAUUUUUGAUAAACAAAGAUCAUGAGGAAGUUAAAGUUUCACGAGAAGAAACUCCUUAAGAAGGUAAAUUUCUUAGAAUAUAAAAGAGAAAGAGGGCAUCGAGAAGCUUUUGUUACUCGUCGCUACCAGCUUGUUCAAAGAGAUGAUUAUAAGAAGUAUUCAAGUAUAUGUAACAUGGUACAAAAGCUUGUGCACUUUUUGAAGCAGAUUGAUCCUAGAGAUCCAUAUCGUAUUGAGAUGACUGAAGCCCUCCUGGAAAAGCUCUACAAUAUGGGUGUGAUUUCAACAAAGAAGAGCUUGGUGAAGUGUGAGAAACUAUCCGUGAGUUCAUUUUGCAGGCGCAGGUUGGCUACUGUUCUGACGUACAACAAGUUUGCAGAAAAUCUCAAGGAGGCAGUGACGUACAUUGAGCAGGGGCACAUUCGAAUUGGCCCUGAUACAGUAACUGAUCCAGCAUAUCUUGUGACGCGGAACAUGGAGGAUUUCAUCACUUGGGUUGAUUCAUCUAAGAUCAAGAGGAAGGUGAUGGAAUACAAUGACGCAUUGGAUGAUUAUGAUGCUCUUAAUGCAUAAAUCUGUGUUCUCGCUUCCCAUUUUUAUUAUUUGAGAGGUAAAGCAUUGAGCUGUUUUUGACAUCAUCAUCUUUAACAAAAAAUGCUAUGUUUUAGGUGUUAUAAGGUUGGAAUUGAUCAAUUUCUUCACAUAUGUCGUAUGAAGAGUCAAUUUAGUCAUGUUUGGCUCAGCUGGUUUUGGUUACUUUUACAUCCAAAUAAAAUGUAUAUUUGCAUUUGUGCUAAAUUAGUUUCUUCUUUUCAUGUAAA